UGCAAGGAUGUCGACGUGGAUCUGUUGUGUAUGUGUAAAGCUGAUAAAUUCCUUAAGAACAUCAACUUUUACUCUGAAAUAUCCAGUAACGCUUCCAAGAUCAGCUGAAGAAGUAAACAUAAAUGUUACAGAGUUAGCUCAGAGUUUUUUAAUUAUUAAUGUCAUUGUGGUUCAGUAUACGCUGUACCUACUGAGCAAGUUUAACAAAUGAAAGAAGAUCUAUGGUGGAGGCUUCAGUGACAGUGGGGUAAAUGCACUAUGGCUAAGUGGCAACCCAUCACAAACCUGAGAAAUACAAUUCAACAUCAUCCUCCUGUGGUUGUGUUUUUCCUCUGCCUGCUGGUCCUAUCUGUAACUUUAAUUUCUGUAGGAUUAUAUUCUCAAAACCAUGAGAUGAAGAAUCCAGACAUUAACAUGGACUGGAACCAGAUGUUAAAGUCUUUUUCAAGUUUGAAGUUUUGCACACAGUUUAAUGAUACAGAACUUUUAAAUGGUAAGCAGGACAUAAUCUCGCCUCCAUUGCUGGAUCAUGGACAUGAAUUUAUCACAAACACAUCCCAAAAAACGACGGAAGUUAUUAGUGUCUUCAUGCUUGCUCCUUUACUGUGUGUUGGAGAUUACCCAACUUACAACAGCAUAAGCUCCACAUUACUGGGGAGCCAGUUGGGACUAAAAGGUGCUGCAGGAAAGCAGACAUUAAACAUAUCACUAUUUCUUGACCAACAAACCCAGAAAACCAGCACUGAUUCAGAGUCUGCCCAGAAAAUGCCCACUGAUGCAAAAACAAAGCAUCAAUCUAUGAUUUCAUGUUUGAAGAUCACAGCUCCACGUUACAUUCUACCACAAACUCCGUCACCACCAGAAUGCCCUGCUUACGAAAAGCUGGAAAAAGAUGCCUCUUCAGCAAGAGCAGUUGCUAUUGAGUCAAAUAAGCCAAGCUCCAAAAAUGCACCAUGUCUCAGCUUGGAGUUUACAUCUGACCCCAAAUUGACCGUCUUACUCACUCAGGAGGAGAAAGGUCUAGCUAGGCAUCACCUAAUUCUGGUCAGCAUUGUACUGCUGACUCUGUGCAUCUUGAUUUGCCUUUCUGGAAGUCUAACCUCCACCAGGUCUCAUUACCACCCUGCAAUUGAUCUACAAAAGGAAACUCUGCUGGGACCAUAAGGAUCAGAGCUACAUAAUGAGCAUCACUUUUGGUGCCAGCCAACUUAUGUAAAUUAUUUGAAAAUAAAAUACCAACAGUCUAUGAACCCAUCUAUCUAUAAACCUUGCUGGCGACAUCCUGUAUGAAUAAAAAUUAAGCAUGGCCAUGACUUAA